GGAGUAAGAAGCAGGGAGGAGGAGACACUAUUAAUGGAUCUGUGAGCAUGUAACCCUCUUUUUAGUGUGGUAGUUGGAAGAUAGCACAAGGUGGAUCUGUACUCUGAAAUGCAUUAAUUUGGAUGUGAAUUCAUCUUCCUUCUUGCAAGAGAGGAUUCUAAUAACUCACUGUCAAAGCCAAGAUAUAGACUCAACCUCUUCUCUUCUGAAAGCCUUUUCACAGGGCUCCUGCUGGGCCACCUUGGCUCUCCUGAACGAGCCUCCAGGCCUCCUGCAGUCCAAGUGCAGCUCAGUGCUUGAUCUCUCUCUGCUCCGAUUGAAGAUCGAAGAUCGAAGAUCGAAGAUCGGCUUCUUGUUACAAUAUGGAAGCCAUCGCCAAGUUUGAUUUCACUGCCUCAGGCGAGGAUGAACUGAGCUUUCACACUGGAGAUAUUCUGAAGAUCUUAAGUAACCAAGAGGAGUGGUUCAAGGCAGAGCUUGGAAACCAAGAAGGAUACGUGCCCAAGAAUUUUAUAGACAUUCAGUUUCCAGAAUGGUUUCACGAAGGCCUCUCGAGACACCAAGCAGAGAACUUACUCAUGGGCAAGGAUGUUGGUUUCUUCAUCAUUCGGGCCAGCCAGAGCUCCCCAGGGGACUUCUCCAUUUCUGUCAGGCACGAGGAUCAUGUUCAGCACUUCAAGGUCAUGAAAGACAACAAGGGUAAUUACUUCCUAUGGACAGAGAAGUUUCCAUCCCUGAAUAAGCUGGUGGACUACUACAGGACGACUUCUAUCUCCAAACAGAAACAGAUCUUCCUGCGGGAUAGGACGCAAGAGGAUCAGGGUCGCCGGGGUAACAGUCUGGACCGGAAGCCCCAGGGAGGCCCACACCUCAGUGGGGCUGUGGGAGAAGAAAUCCGGCCUGUGAUGAACCGGAAGCUGUCGGAUCACCCACCACUGCCUCCGUCGCAGUAUGCCCCCGCCCCGCCGCCACCUCAGCAGCAGCGGUACCCGCAGCAUCACCAUUUCCAUCAGGAACGUCGUGGAGGCAGCCUUGACAUAAAUGACGGGCACUGUGGCAUGAGCAUGGGCAGUGAAAUGAAUCCUGCCCUCAUGCACCGGAGACACACAGACCCAGUGCAACUCCAAGUGGCCGGGCGAGUGCGGUGGGCCCGGGCGCUGUAUGACUUUGAGGCCCUCGAGGACGAUGAGCUGGGAUUCCGCUCUGGAGAGGUGGUUGAAGUCCUGGACAGCUCCAACCCCUCCUGGUGGACUGGCCGCCUGCACAACAAACUGGGCCUCUUCCCUGCCAACUACGUGGCACCCAUGAUCCGAUGAAGCCCCUCUGGAGGGGUCAGAGGCUUUUGUCUGAAGCUGCCUGCAAGAGAGGAAGCAAGGAAGAAAAGUGGGAACUACGUAUACAUACAUACAUAUGUGUGUGUGUGUACACAUUUACACACUUAUAUAUGCCUAUGUAUACACACAUUUUAUAAUAGUAAUUUAUUAGCAAUUUAGUUGGUUAAUUAAUUGAUAUGAAAGGAACUCAGGUGGAGGCUUAUAUUCAUAUUUGUUUUUCUACUCCCCUCAGGGGGUGUGCAGAUGGUGGUGGGGAUUGGGAGUACGGGGCAGGGAAAUGAAACCGAAAUUUUUCCUGUCCUCAAGAUGGCACCACUUCCUCCUUGUCUUGGGAAUUUUCACUGAGUAGCUAAGCAGAGAUCCACACCCUGGCAUUGGCUGCAGAACCGCAGGGUGGAGUUGGACUUGGCAGGGCAUGUUCUGGCUUACCUGCAAGCCCUACUCACCUCGAGGGUUUGCAGGGCAGCUUCCUUCCUGUUCUCCAAGGGUAAGCACUGCGGGAUUGAGAAUUAGGGUGCAAACGCACAAGUCUGGGCUGGAGUGGUUAGAGUGUGCAGGCAGGACUAGAGCACAGGCGUCCUGAGACCUAGGCAAGGCUGGCCUCCUGAUCGGUGCUCACCGGGACCUUCAUCUCCUUGGCCAAUCCUCUUCCCUGUGGCCGCCAUGGAGAAAUGGAGACACCAUGAGGAACCAAGCACUAGGAAAAGGAGGGAUUUUCACAAAUCCCCCAGUGGCUUACUUGGGUGUAAACUCUGUGUCCCCAGCUUCUAAGAAAGUAGCAGCCUAGAUUCUAUAAAGUACUUGGAGAAGCUCUAGCCGAGAAUGCCAGAUGUUAGAAUCAUUGUCCUGUGGUUACAAGGGUGUCUCUUUGGGGCUAUAUUUGUUUUGCUUCUUGGUUUUCUGCGAUUUGAAGAUGCUGUGUCCAGUGGCACAGAGAGAAGCCCUGACAAGAGCUCUGACUAGUGAUUGGCUGAUUGGUUGGUUGGUUGAUUGGCUGAACAUGGCCUGCUGGGAUCUGGCUUUCAGAUGAGCUUCCUGUUCCCCUGACUGGUGAACCUCUGCUGGCACCUUCCCCCAACCACGAGCUACACCUGGGGAGAGGAACCCCACUGACAUGUCUCUCUUCAGCACCUUGAAGUAGAAUCAUGUUUCCUAGCGCUCACCCAGGGGCAUGAAGCACAGACCAGCCUGGCUGGGAAAAGGCCCUGGAGAAGGAAGCUUAGUGUCACAGGGGAGCCUGGGAGCACACAUCUGCACUGCAGGCGCCUAGAAGGUGUGUGUGCAUGUGUUCUGGGACACGAAAGAAAGGACACCGUCAUUGAAGGUAAUAGAAAAAGAAGAAAGAGUUUGUGACUCAGAAGUAACUGUCAGUGUAAGGGACACAUAAGCCAUGUCCCUUUGACUCUGUCCCUUUGACUCUGAAAUCUGCAAUUCUCUGAUGCCCACACAUCACCUUUAGAGAAAAACAGGAAAAGAAGAGACUCCGUGGUGGGUCUUGGGAGGGGAGAGACAAUAGCCGGAGAGAAGCAGGGUCGAGCGUGAGUGAGAAGCGUCUCAAAGCCUCUGGAAAUGAAAGCACAGGAAGGAAAAAGAAGUGAAGACAUUUCAAAGGAUGAAGAGCAGCGUGAGAGGCACAAAGGGAGGGAAGGGAGCAAGAGGUUAAGUGGAACAGGCGAGGAAGACGCUGGAGUCAGCAAGCAGACAAGGCUCUGGGAGGAGGGACGGAGGUGGGUGGGAGGAGGAAUUAGAGCAGAGAAAUGAACACCAGCAGGCAGGGGGCAAAGUCACCACAGGAACGAAGACGAGAACAAAGGCAAAGGAGACUGAAUCGGGUAUUUUGGUGCUAGGUAAUGUGAACAUAUCACGGUAAAUAAAAGCCAAAAUUAAUGUUUGAUUUUACAGUAUUUACAAACUGUAUGCUUUAAACAGCCCACAAACUUGAUCCAGUUGUCUAAUUAUAUGAGAGGAUCAGCCCCAGGGAAGACAGAGUGAAAUGAUUCGGUUCUGGCCUGGAUUUCGUGCCUUGAAACAUUUCUCAAGAAGGCAGUAAUAAAACAAGGGCCUUUGUUUUGUGGGGCUGUGCCCGGUGUUUGUCUCUCUUUCACACACACACAUACACACACGUGGGUGCAGGGGUCCUUGGCCUGCAGAGGCUGACCACACAGUGUGGGCAGAACUUUCAAGACCACUGGAACUGGACCUUCCGUUCCACUGGAGGCCAUUGUGGGAGUGAUUUUUAUUGAGGUGCUAAAAACAGCCCUCUCAUUGCAUGGCUCAGUUCAGAAGGAAGGUGUCACCCUGAGCACCCAGAGAACAAGGGCCCUUAGGGACCAAGCUAAGAAGACAAGGACCAAACUGUCCAUACUGGGGGAGGGAAGACUGACACUCCUUGGCUUCUAGUGCUGUCUGGGGGGCACCUGAAGAGUGCUGUCCACCUGACAGCAUUUCAGCACCAGGGGCACGUCUACCUACCUUCUCAUGAGCCACACAACCAGGAAACAGCACGUUGUCUCUGAAUCCAGCUGAAAUGCCUGUGGGCCUCGGGAGCAGGGAACUUCCAGAGAAAAUCCAGUUCCUGUUGGACCAGUUCAGUUUCCCUAACCGCUUGCUGAGGCUCGCUGCAUUUCAAAUAUCUGGCCCUGGCCCCUGCCCACCCACUUUUAGAUGGCCCUAGGGCGAUCUAAGGCAGGUGCUUCUCAAAAUAAAUGUGCCUAUGAAUUGCCUGGGGAGUGUGUUAAAUGCGGGUCCUGACUCAGUUCUUAAUUUCUACCAAUCUCUGCAGUUAUGUUGCGGGGUCCAUGGGCCACACUUUUAGUAGUAAGGGCAAAGAACUUGGCAGUGAGCUGAACAGCUACAAAAAUUGAGUUGGAAUCCUUUUCUAGGGAUAUUAGGGCAUCUUUCUUUGUUGCUAACAAAUAAUUCACUUUGGCUGUGGGAUGGACAGACAUGAUUCAGAACUAUCAUCAUGACAUCAUAUUUGGCUGCCCAGGUGACUUAUUAUUUUAGCAUCUUGAUCUCCAUCAAGAAUCAGGAAAUUUUAGGGUGAGACAUUCAGGUGAAAUACAACCAGGGAUUUCCUAAUAGUAAUUAUUUUAAACAUGAGCAGGGUUACCAAAGAAGUUGUGAAAGCUUUCUCAGGAAAUCUUUAAACAUAAAAUUGAUUCCCAUCAGGUGUGGGCCUGCUGGGAGGCGGGGGAAUGGCCCAUGUGACAUCAUUAGAUCUAACCUAGCCCAGAGCAAAACAGGCAGUAUGGAGGACAGAUUGACGUGGUUAAAACAUCUGCCAUUCAUCCGGUCUGAAGUCAACAGUUCAGCCUAUCUAUUACAAGGCAAGGGCGUGAGAAAAACAUAGUGUCAAUUCUUUUUUUAAGAAGAAUUUAAUGGCUCAGGUCCCUUCAGUUCUUUCCAUUACCAUAGACAUGCCAGCCACAUCUCUCCCAUCAGCAACUGAAUUGCACACUUUUCUCUCCACGUGCCCUCUUGUUCCCACUCCUUUCUCCACACAGAUGCCAGAGCAAUCUUCUGUGAGACAUGGAUCUGAUCGCUUCACUCCCCUGCCAUGGUGCUUUGGUUAAAAUGCAAAGUCUAAUGUGGCCCUAGGAGGUCUGGC